AUCAGCGCGGCAGAAUACUGUAAAUUUGCAGACCUCCAGAAACCCCUUCCGCUCACUCGCUCAGGCAAUUCUUCCAAGCGGAAAUUUGAAUGAAACUUCGAAGUAUAAAAUCCUUUGUAUGGAAGCCCUGCAAAUGAAGCCACAAUUCUUGUUGCACUGCCAAAGUAGCUCAAUGAUGUCCAUUUUCUCCAAAAUCUCCAUGUCCAACCUAAGGCCCUUUUGUACUAGUACCAGUCUCACUCCAAGAAAGGCUAUCAAGGUCGCCGACGUACAAAAGCUCAAGGAAAGCUGGUUGGCCUCUCUCACUUGCACUCCUCUCAGUCCUAUCGAAAACCCCAUCUCGGGUUCUGGACUGGACCCUCCACGACCCAGUACCAAAUGGGUCAUUGGUGUCGACCCGGAUAUCUACGGUGCCUUGGCGGUCUUGCAAUAUGAAGGCGACUCCGCUUGCUCUGCUCAGGUGUUUGAUUCGCCUCGCUUGAAAUUAGUGGUUGGCGGAAGAGUUAGAAAUCGUUUGGAUGCGAAUUCCGUUGUUCAGUUGCUUCGUAGCCUUGAAGCACCAGCUGGAACUACUGCGUAUUUAGAGCAAUCAAAUCCAUAUCCAAAGGAUGGGAAACAGGGAUGGUGGAGUGGUGGAUUUGGUUAUGGAUUAUGGAUAGGGAUUCUAGUGGCAUCAGGGUUCUCUGUAGUUCCAGUGCCAUCUUUAACAUGGAAGAAUGAAUUUGAACUCACUGGACCCAGCUCUACAAAGGAUGACAGUCGCAGGAUUGCAUCCGAAUUAUUUCCGUCAUUGAGCUCCUCCCUGAAAAGGAAAAAAGAUCAUGGAAGGGCUGAGGCCCUACUCAUCGCUGCAUACGGAAAAGGCCUGAAGAUGAAGUCGGAAUCGUGAUUUGUUUUACAGGAACUGGUUCCUUCAUGAGAAAAGAGGUCUCUUAGAGCCACUUUCCAUAUUUGACUAUGCUGCUGGCUGCUAGUGCUAGCCAUCAGAGUAAUAUGUGACAAGUUUCAGCCUUCAGGCCAAGAAGAGACAGCUGAGGAAGGAAACAGACUUCACUCAUUGGAAGUGCCAAACGUCUCUGGGAUUAACGCAACUAGAAUGACCAAUUCUUGGUCUUUAAUUGCAAUUGUGAGAUUCAAUCAUUCAAGGCGCCAUUGUAUACAUACUUUUCUGAGAUAACAUCUAUCUGGAAAAAAUUAUUCUGCCAUUUGAUUGCAGUGCUGGUGUACCUGGAUGUGUCAAUUUAUCCAAAAUGUCUAUCGAUCCAAUGUCGUCAUGAAUGUA